UGGGGGCGGGGGCAGUACCGGGAAAGGGGGCGGAUAGCGGGCUCGGGCCCCCGCCGCGGCGUCUGGCCAAUGGAGAGGCGCGGCCCCGGGCGCCGCGCUCGGCCGCCCGCAUUUAAACCGGGGCCGGCGCGAUGCCCCGCACUCGGGGCGCCCUCCGCAGACCGGGCCACCCCGUCCGGUGUGCAAGCGAGCACCGUCCUCUCGGUCCUCCACGGCUGACCCCGCGCCGAGCCCGGGCGGCUCGGGCCGCGGUGGCACUACAGCGCAGGCCCCGAAAACCCGCAUCCCUGACAGCAUGAGCCGCACCGCGUACGCAGUGGGAGCCCUGCUUCUCCUCCUGGGGACACUGCUGCCGACUGCCGAGGGGAAAAAGAAAGGGUCCCAGGGGGCCAUCCCCCCACCCGACAAGGCCAGGCACAACGACUCCGAGCAGACUCAGUCCCCGCCGCAACCCGGCUCCAGGAACCGGGGGCGCGGCCAGGGGCGGGGCACGGGCAUGCCGGGAGAGGAGGUGCUGGAGUCCAGCCAGGAGGCCCUGCAUGUCACCGAGCGCAAAUACCUGAAGCGAGACUGGUGCAAAACCCAGCCGCUGAAGCAGACCAUCCACGAGGAGGGCUGCAACAGCCGCACCAUCAUCAACCGCUUCUGCUACGGCCAGUGCAACUCUUUCUACAUCCCCCGACACAUCCGCAAGGAAGAAGGCUCCUUUCAGUCCUGCUCCUUCUGCAAGCCCAAGAAAUUCACCACCAUGAUGGUCACUCUCAACUGCCCGGAACUGCAGCCUCCCACCAAGAAGAAGCGAGUGACACGAGUGAAGCAGUGUCGUUGCAUAUCCAUCGAUUUGGAUUAAGCGGGGACCACACCCAGCCUGUCCUAAGGAUGCAGCUCCAGGCGGGUCAAAAGCCAGACCUAGA